AUGAUGUGGGUUACUUUUACGCUCCUCAUCCUGGUCUCAGAAGGGCUCUCGGGCAGUGUCACCCGCUUCACAAACAUAGAGUGCAAGAUGUUGGUGCCCGCUUAUGCCACCUUCCAGCAAUGUGACCUCAAAAUACUUGGCCGUGGAGUCGUGGGCUUGAAUGUGUACGCGAAGCUGAAUCAAGGGCCGGUUAAGAACGGAAAGGUUAAUCUCAGUUUUUGGCGCAAGUACAGCGAGUACCAUCCAUAUUUCUUUAAUACGACCUUUGACUUUUGCAAAUUCAUGGCAAAAACUAAUAGGAAAUUGUCUUUUGAAAAAAUAUUUAUGGAUGCGCUAUCCGAGACAUCGAAUAUAAAUCACACGUGUCCGUAUGAACAUGCUAUAAUUGUGAACAAAAUGGUAUUCAAAUCCGAGUUUGUCCGGUUUCUCCCAUUGCCAACCGGACAGUAUAAGAUACAGUUAAUGGCGGCAACCAACAAAGAGUGGAAAGCGGUUCACAAGCUAUGA